GAUGGCGACCCCCUGUUCACUAUUUUAUGUACUCCUAACACUCUGAGUAAAUAUUAUCGAAUAGUUACCCGACACAACUGUAGACAAUUGUAACCGAUAAAGACAAAGUUUCCUUAUGUUAUCGUCAAUGCCACAUUUUGUUGACUUUCCAAUGUUAACCGUCGACGUUGUCCCAAGUCUUAUCUUACACUGAAGGGGAAACAGCAUUAUCGGUAUGGCUACCGACAGCAGAAUACAGUUCUGGAAGCGAAAUCCGAAGGGACCGGGGAGUCUCCAGCCUGUGUAUGGGGCUCAGCACCCUCCCCUGGAUCCGCGGAUCCCCAGAGCGUUCGUCAAAGACACCCCAAAGUCAAACAGCACUCAGAAUGUCAAAUCAUCCAAGAAGGCCUCCAGUUUCAUGGAGUUUGCACGGAGCACCAAUGAUGCCUGGGACAUCGACGAUGAGGAGGACGAAGAUCUGUUCAUGGCGGCUGCACCCCCCGCACAUGUACCCACCCAUGCCCCUGCGCCUGCACCCUCACCCCACCUUCGACCCUCAGCGCUGCCCGUGUUCGUAAGCCCUCCCGCCCCCUCGGACAGCGAUUCGGAGUGCCAGCCCUCCUCUGACACACUGGGGUCGCUCAGGAGCGAGUCUAGCCAUGACCAGCAGAGGACAGAAGGGAGGUCUACCAAUGGCAGGGUGGUCAAGUCCAAUAGUGAAGCCCAACUCAACACAUCCUCAGUGCGCUCCAGUCUCCAGAAGCAGCAGUCGUUGCCGGUGCGGCCCAUAGUCCCGCUGGUGGCGCGCAUCUCGGACCAGAACGCCUCGGGGGCGCCGCCCAUGACCAUACGCGAGAAGACCCGCCUGGACAAGUUCCGACAGCUACUGGCCAGCCCCAACACAGACCUGGAGGAGCUUCGGAAGCACAGCUGGUCGGGCAUCCCGCGGGAGGUUCGGCCCAUCACCUGGAGGCUGCUAUCGGGCUACCUGCCUGCCAACAUGGAGCGGCGGGAGCAGGUGCUGCAGAGGAAGAGGGAGGAAUACUUUGGCUUCAUCGAGCAGUACUACCACUCACGCACCGACGAGCACCACAGAGACACCUACAGACAGAUCCACAUCGACAUCCCAAGGACGAACCCUCUAAUCCCGCUCUUUCAGCAGCCACUGGUGCAGGAGGUGUUUGAGAGGAUCCUCUUCAUCUGGGCUAUACGUCACCCGGCCAGCGGAUACGUGCAGGGCAUCAAUGACCUCGUCACACCCUUCUUUGUCGUCUUCCUCUCCGAGUUUGUGGAGGAGGAUGUGGAGAAUUUCGAGAUGUCUGGUCUGCCCCUGGACACUCAGCGCAAUAUCGAAGCAGACAGCUUCUGGUGCAUGAGCAAGCUCCUGGAUGGCAUACAGGAUAACUACACAUUCGCGCAGCCUGGCAUUCAGAUCAAAGUCAAGGCCCUGGAGGAGCUGGUCAGCAGAAUCGAUGAGGACGUCCACGGCCACUUCCAGAAGUGUGAGGUGGAGUACCUGCAGUUUGCCUUCCGCUGGAUGAACAACCUGCUGAUGAGAGAGCUGCCUCUACGCUGCACCAUCCGCCUCUGGGACACGUACCAGGCCGAGUCGGAGGGAUUCUCUCAUUUCCACCUGUACGUCUGUGCUGCCUUCCUCAUCAAGUGGCGCAAAGAAAUCCUCUCUAUGGUCGACUUCCAGGGACUCUUGAUGCUUCUCCAGAACCUUCCCACAAUCCAUUGGGGUAAUGAGGAAGUGGGCCUACUCUUGGCCGAAGCAUACAGACUCAAGUACAUGUUCGCGGACGCCCCCAAUCACUAUAAGAGAUAGACUAAGUCCCUAUGCAAAUGGCACAACAAAAACGAUGGCAUGGACCUGGAAGCUUGAAGAUUUUUUGUGUAUUCUUUUUUUUAUUAUUAUUUUGUUUUAUUUUGACUGACAAAAACCCUUUGAAUUGACUGAUAUCAAACUAGUGAUGGUACAGGUGAGAAGAUGGAAAUGUGUGAGUAUGCGCGUGUGUGUGUGUGUGUGUGUGGAGAGAAGGAGGGGUGUGUAUCUCAACACUCCUGUCAGAUGUAGUAUACCCCCCAACCACCACCAACACCACCACCGCUGUACCUGUCACCCUCCUCCCAUAGAUGGAUACCCACACACCCUGUGAAUUUAAUGUAGCCCAAACUUAUCACGUCAAGACUGCAGGAGCAGUCCAGCAGCAGUGAGUCUCAGUGGUGACACAAAGACAGGAUGUUCCUUUCUGUCACCAUUCUCCCCCAAUCACAUCCAACACGACAGCCAGCCAACCGACCAACCAGCCAGCCAGCCAGCUAACAGGGCGUCCACCCCAUACCAGCUACAACAUGGUGGAUAUUGUGCAAAGGAUGGUGUGAACUGGAGGGCGUCGGAAAGUGUGCAUGGGUGGC